AUGGCGUCGUCGCACAAUCCAACGAAGAAGGCGAUCCGUAACUCCGGCGGCGUCGGCUCCGGCGGCUCCGGAAGUAAUCAAGGCAACCGGGGCGGCGCGAGCGGGCAAUCGGUGAAGUUUGCGAGGAGGACGUCGAGCGGCCGCUACGUGAGCCUGUCGAGGGAGGACAUCGACAUGUCCGGAGAAAUUGCAGGGGACUACAUGAAUUACACCGUGCACAUCCCGCCCACGCCCGACAACCAACCGAUGGACGGACUGACGGAGACGGAGUCGGUGGCGCGCAAGGCCGAGGAACACUACGUCUCCAAUUCGCUCUUCACCGGCGGAUUCAACAGCGUGACCAGGGCGCACGUCAUGGACAAGGUGAUCGAUUCCCAAGUGUCCCAUCCCCAGAUGGUCGGCGCCAAGGGCUCCUCCUGCGCCAUGCCGGCGUGCGACGGCAAAGUCAUGAGGGACGAGCGAGGCGACGACGUCGACCCCUGCGAGUGCAGGUUCAAGAUAUGCAGGGAUUGCUACAUGGACGCGCUCAAGGACAGGGGGCAAUGCCCAGGCUGCAAGGAACCAUACAAGACAGAGGAAUACGACGACGACGCACCCAACUUCGGCUCCGGCGCUCUAUCUCUUCCGGCUCCGGGCAAUUCCAAGCUGGCCGAGAACAGAAUGUCACUGAUGCGUAGCCAGACCGGGGAAUUCGAUCACAACCGAUGGCUGUUCGAGAGCCAAGGCACGUACGGCUACGGCAAUGCCUACUGGCCGAAAGAUGGGAUGUACGAGGAAGAUCUGGAAGGAAAUGGCAUCCCUGAUAUGGUCGAUAAGGGCUGGAAACCCUUGACUAGAAAAAUCCCGAUGCCUGCCGGAAUCAUCAGCCCUUACAGGUUGCUUAUAUUUGUGAGAUUGGUCGCUCUGGGUUUCUUCUUGAACUGGAGAUUGAACCAUCCGAAUGAAGAGGCGAUGUGGCUGUGGGGCAUGUCGAUCGUCUGCGAGAUCUGGUUUGCUUUCUCCUGGAUCCUCGACGUCAUCCCCAAGUUGCACCCGAUCAACAGGGCGACCGAUCUCUCAGUGCUCAAGGAAAAGUUCGAAACGGUAACUCCGGCCAACCCCACAGGCCGCUCUGACCUCCCCGGCGUCGACUUCUUUGUCUCCACCGCUGAUCCGGAGAAGGAGCCCCCGCUGGUCACGGCCAACACGAUUCUGUCGAUUCUGGCCAUCAACUACCCGGUGGAGAAGCUGGCGUGCUACAUAUCGGACGACGGCGGCGCGCUGCUCACCUUCGAGGCGAUGGCGGAGGCGGCGAGCUUUGCCAACGUUUGGGUUCCCUUUUGCCGAAAGCAUGAUAUCGAACCUCGAAACCCCGACAGCUACUUCAGCUUGAAGGGCGACCCGACGAAGAAUAAAAGGCGACCGGACUUCGUGAAGGACAGGCGAAAAGCGAAGAGAGAGUACGACGAGUUCAAGGUGAGGAUCAACGGGUUGCCCGACUCCAUCAGGAGGCGCUCCGACGCGUUCAACGCGCGAGAGGAGGUGAAAGCGAUGAAGCACAUCAAGGAGAGCGGUGGGGAUCGGACGGAGCCGAUCAAAAUCGCCAAAGCAACAUGGAUGGCCGACGGCACGCACUGGCCGGGGACCUGGGCCGCCUCCGCCCCUGAGCAUGGCAAGGGCGACCACCCGAGCAUCUUGCAGGUGAUGCUAAAACCCCCUUCUUCGGAUCCGCUGUACGGCAUGCCGGACGAGGAACAAAUCAUCGACUACUCGGACGUGGACAUCCGGUUGCCGAUGCUGGUGUACAUGUCGCGCGAGAAGCGACGAGGGUACGACCACAACAAGAAAGCCGGAGCCAUGAACGCGUUGGUGCGAGCGUCGGCGAUCAUGUCCAACGGCCCCUUCAUCCUCAACCUGGACUGCGACCACUACAUCUAUAACGCCGAUGCGCUGCGUGAGGGCAUGUGCUUCAUGAUGGACAGAGGCGGCGAUCGCAUUUGUUACAUCCAAUUUCCCCAGAGAUUCGAGGGCAUUGACCCCUCCGAUCGUUAUGCUAACCACAACACGGUCUUCUUCGACGGAAACAUGCGCGCUCUCGAUGGUGUCCAGGGCCCUGUUUACGUGGGGACUGGUUGCUUGUUUCGACGAUUUGCACUCUACGGAUUUGAUCCUCCGCGAGCAACAGAGUACUCUCGAUUGUUCACGAACAAGCACAAGAAGAACACGUACAAAGAGGCUGACUCGGAGUCGCAGGCGCUAAGAACGGAAGACUUCGACGCGGAGCUCGACCCGGCGUUGCUGCCCAAGAGAUUCGGCAACUCUGCAGCAUUGUCCGAGUCGAUACCGGUGGCUGAAUUCCAAGGCCGGCCUCUGGCCGACCAUCCCGGGGUGAAGCACGGCCGCCCUCCCGGCGCUCUGACGGUUCCACGGCCGCCGCUUGAUCCGUCGACGGUGGCGGAGGCGGUUUCCGUCACGUCCUGUUGGUACGAGGACAAGACGGAGUGGGGUGAUCGGGUAGGGUGGAUCUAUGGAUCGGUGACAGAGGACGUGGUGACAGGGUACCGAAUGCACAACCGCGGAUGGCGCUCGGUGUAUUGCAUCACAAAGCGCGACGCCUUCCGCGGAUCUGCGCCGAUCAAUCUGACUGACCGCCUCCACCAGGUGCUCCGGUGGGCGACGGGCUCCGUCGAGAUCUUCUUCUCUCGGAACAACGCCCUGCUGGCGUCGCGCCGGCUCAAGCUCCUGCAACGCCUCGCCUACCUCAACGUCGGAAUCUACCCCUUCACCUCCAUUUUCCUGCUCGUCUACUGCUUCCUCCCGGCCUUCUCCCUCUUCUCCGGCUUCUUCAUCGUCCAGACGCUGAACGUCACCUUCCUCGUCUACCUGCUCACCAUCACCCUCACGCUCAUUGCCCUGGCGAUCCUCGAGGUGAAGUGGUCAGGCGUCGGCCUGGAGGAGUGGUGGCGCAACGAGCAGUUCUGGCUUAUUUCCGGCACCAGCGCCCACCUUUACGCGGUGGUCCAAGGACUCCUCAAGGUCAUCGCUGGGAUCGAGAUCUCUUUCACGCUCACCUCCAAAUCGGCCGCAGAAGAUGAGGAUGACAUCUACGCCGACCUCUACUUGGUGAAGUGGACGUCGCUCAUGAUCCCUCCCAUCACCAUCAUGAUGGUGAACAUAAUUGCCAUCGCCUUUGGCUUCGCCAAGACGAUCUACAGUGAGGUCCCCAAGUGGAGCAAGCUGAUGGGAGGAGCCUUCUUUAGCUUCUGGGUGCUGGCUCACCUCUACCCGUUCGCCAAGGGACUGAUGGGAAGGAGGGGGAAGACUCCCACCAUCGUGUUCGUAUGGUCAGGACUGAUCGCCAUCACCAUAUCACUGCUCUGGAUUGCCAUCAGUCCUCCCAAGGGUAGCGAUGCCUCUUCCCUUGGUUCCACCUUCCAGUUUCCAUGAAAUGAAAUCUUCCAGUGGAUAUAUAUGAUUAAUAUUAGUUGUCAGACUUAACGACAUUGUUUUCAGAUAUCAUAUUGCACGAUCAGUGUUCGAUAGACUAGUAGACUGGGAGAUUAAAGUAUUGUA